GUCAACUAUCAUUGUUAUGUCCAAUAUUCCAGUUGGGCACUUCUAAAACUGCACAAGAAGAAGAAGCUUCAACCCCAGGAAUAAGCACGGUUUCUAAAAUGUUUUGCAAUUUUCACAUUAUUCUUCUAAUUGCUCUUGCACUUUUGGUACAAAUAUCAUCUCAGCUUGGCUCCAAGGUAGAAGUGCUUCCUGGCUUUGAAGGCCCUCUUCCUUUUGAACUGGAAACAGGGUACGUUGGAUUAGGAGAAAAAGAUGAUGACAUGCAAGUGUUUUACUACUUUGUUAAGUCAGAAAAUGAUCCUCAGAAAGACCCUCUUAUGCUUUGGCUAACUGGUGGUCCUGGCUGCUCUUCAUUUUCAGGUCUUGCCUUUCAAAUAGGUCCACUUCGAUUCAAGAUUGAGGAGUAUGAUGGGAGUGUGCCAAAUUUGAUCUUGAGGCCACAGUCCUGGACAAAGGUUUGCAACAUUAUUUUUGUAGAUUUGCCUUUUGGAACUGGCUUCUCGUAUGCAAAAAAUCUCACUGCUCAACGGAGUGACUGGAAAUUAGUUCACCAUACCCAUCAAUUUCUUAGGAAGUGGCUGAUUGAUCACCCAGAAUUUCUUUCAAAUGAAUUUUAUAUGGGAGCUGAUUCUUAUUCUGGCAUACCUGCCCCUGCUAUUGUUCAAGAGAUUUCAAAUGGAAAUGAAAAAGGUCUCCAACCACGGAUAAAUCUCCAGGGAUAUCUGCUAGGGAACCCCAUAACAACAAGAAAUGAAGGAAAUGAUCAAAUCCCAUUUGCUCAUGGAAUGGGACUUAUUUCUGAUGAACUAUAUGCGUCACUUCAGAGAAAUUGUAAAGGAGAGUAUGAAAAUAGAGAUUCCAGAAAUGUGUUGUGUUUAAGAGAUCUCAAACACUAUGAUGAGUGCCUUUCAGGAAUCAAUACUUUCUAUAUUUUGGAUCGCUAUUGUAAAUCUGAUUCGCCUAAAAAACAUGAAGCUCAGUGGAGGAGAUCUCUGACUCAGAAGUUUGAGGCCUCUCUUAAUUCUCAUCUCAGAGUGCCAGACAUAAGAUGCCAAAUUUUUGGGUUUUUCCUUGCCACUCAAUGGGCCAAUGACGAAAGUGUUCGCAAGUCACUGCAUAUUCGAGAGCUUAAUGUACUUCAGGGAACUAUAGGCAAAUGGGAACGUUGUUACACUACAGAUUUUGAGGAACAGAUCUUCAGUAGCUUUGAGUUUCAUGUAAAUCUCAGUGGAAAAGGAUAUCGUUCUUUAAUAUACAGUGGAGAUCAUGAUGCAGUUGUUCCUUUCAUGUCAACCCAAGCAUGGAUUAGGGCUCUAAACUACUCCAUUGUGGAAGAUUGGAGGCCAUGGCUUCUAGAAGACCAAGUUGCAGGAUACACAAGGACUUACUCGAAUCAAAUGACAUUUGCAACUGUGAAGGGUUCAGGACAUACAGCUCCAGAGUACAAGCCUGAGGAAGGUUUUGCCAUGUUCAGUAGAUGGAUAGCUAAUAUGCCUUUGUAACUCAGCCGCUAUGUUGGCAGAAAUCUAGGUUAUCAAUGUUAUGCUCAUUUGUCUAUGAUUUUUUAUUUUUUGAAUUGUCAAUGUUUAAAGAUCCUGUAUUUUAAAGUGAGCAAAGCAGUAGUGUCAAAUAACUGUUUGUACUAUCUGAAAUUUUUUCUUUAAUUUCUUUUAAUCCGACAUCUUCGGAUUCAUCUAGAGAACGGUCUUGUAAAGUGCAAUUCCUACUUUAUGAGGGGAAUGGGGAAUAUUUGGAGACGUUGGGAUUUUACUAUGGAAAAUUAAAUACUAAAUAUCCAGAAGGUAUUCCUUUC